AUGGCUUGUUUCUUGAACUUGAGUGACCCCGGCAAUCCCUUCCGCCUAGACAAUGGCGAUAACUCAGUCGUGCUUCUCAUCACUGACCCACUCACCGCCGACAACUACCCCACCUGGACACGCGCCAUGCGCUGCGCUCUACGGGCCAAAAACAAAGUGGGAUUUGUUAUGGGUGAUAUCCCCCGCCCAUCCGACCCAGAUGACCCCUUGCUUGAAGCUUGGGAGCACUGCAACGACAUGGUGGCUUCCUGGCUUCAAAACUCCAUCAGUGCCUCUAUCAAAUCUAGCGUGGUCUUCGUUGAUGAUGCACGGGACAUAUGGAUCGACCUCCAGGACCGCUUCUCCCACCAGAAUGGACCACGUAUCUUUCGACUCAAGCACAACCUUGCCAAUCUCCUCCAAGAACACGACUCUGUAAGUGCUUAUUAUGGUACGCUCAAAACCUUAUGGGAUGAACUCUCAAUUUAUGACCUCAUUCCCGUGUGCAACUGUGGUACCAUGUCUACUCUCUUGGAUCGUUAUCAACGUGAUUGUGUUUUUCAGUUUUUGAUGGGUUUGAAUGAUAUUUACUCUAAUGUACGAGACCAGAUAAUUUUGUUAGAUCCCAUACCUCCUGUCACUAGGGUUUUUUCACUAAUCCAACAACAAGAGCGCCAACAUCAGCUUACCCAUCACGCCCCAUCCCCUGACUCAAUGGCUCUUGCCAUCAAGAUACCCUUUUCCCCUCAGAAUUUUUCACCACAAACACGCCCUCACCAAAAGAGAGACAGACCAUUUUGCACUCACUGCAAAAUUACUGGUCAUACCUUUGAUACAUGUUUUAAGGCUGGUAAUGUUGAGAGCCCUCUCUGUACUCAUUGCCAUUUAUCUGGACAUGUAGUAGAUAAAUGCUACAAAUUGCACAGUUAUCCCCCGGGUCACAUAUUUUUUAACAAAGCUUCUAACCCCACGGUUUUAGCUACCCAAUCCUCAAUUUCUUAUCCAUCACAACUUGAGGAGACCAGUGACGACAAAGUAGGUUUAACUAAGGCACAAUUUCAACAACUAAUGGCUUUGCUUCAGCUAAGGGAGUUAUCCAUUGCUGCUCAGCACUUCGCUAAUCAGAUUCAGUCCAAGUUGUCUUCACCACAUUCCAACCUUGUUGGUAUAUCUCUUUCAUUAUCCACACACACGCAUCAUGCAUUACAAUCCAACACAUUUCCUUGGAUCAUAGACACGGGUGCAACAGAUCACAUGGUCUGUUACCCCUCCUUGUUCACUUCUACCACCUCAUUUAUCUCUCACACUGUAAAACUACCAAAUGGAACUGAAGUACCUGUCUCACACAUCGGUAUUGUUCAGCUCACAGCUUCCAUUUGCCUCACCGAUGUUUUAUGUGUUCCAUCCUUCACCUUUAAUCUCUUUUCAGCUAAGAAACUUGCUACUUCACUGACUUGCUAUCUCAUUUUCUUUUCUGAUUUGUGCUUUAUUUAG